UUGGAGGAAGAUAUUCACCUUUUGAGGGGGAGAUAUGAAGAGGAAGCUCGCAGUAGAUCAGACACUGAGGCCAGCAUUAUGACAGUGAAGAAAGAUAUUAAUGACGCACACCUCUCCAGACUGGAACUGGACAAAAAAGCACACUCUCUGAUGGAAGAAAUGCUUUUCUUAAAGAAAAAACACCAAGAAGAGGUAUCGGAAAUGAUGGCCCAAAUCGGCGAUGCGCAAGUUACUGUUGAUAUGAAAGAUUAUGGAAAGUCAGACAUUACUGCGGCUUUGAGGGAAAUCAGAAGCCAGCUUGAAGGGCACACCAGUACCAACAUGCAACAAGCAGAGGAAUGUUUCAGGACCAGGGUAGCUAAGCUGACAAAAGCUGCUGAAGUGAAUAAUGAAGCUCUCCAAGUCAGAAGAAAACACAUCCAUGAGCACAGACGCCAACUGCAGUCAAAAACCAUAGAGCUGGAAACAGUUAAAAGCACGAGAGAAUCUUUAGAGAAGCAAAUCGGUGCGCUUGAAGAGAGGCACGAUGCGGAAAUCAGUCAUUACCAGAAUGCUAUCCAACAGCUGGAGCAUGAGCUUAAA